AAGACAGGCGGACUCAUGGCCUUGUCAUUCCUGCUCGGGGCCACCACGGGUGACAGUGGCGGAGAGCUGAACUCGGGGGAUGACUCCAGGGAUGUGGAAUCCCUCCAGAGCCCGGAGAUCGAGGCAUCCAAGAGCCUGGCAGAGCUGUUUGAGAAGGCUGCAGCACGUCUCCAAGGCCUGGUGCAAGUGGCUAGCAGGGAGCAGCUCUUGUAUCUGUAUGCCAGGUACAAGCAGGUCAAAGUUGGAAAUUGCAAUACACCUAAACCAAGCUUCUUUGACUUUGAAGGAAAGCAAAAAUGGGAAGCAUGGAAAGCGCUUGGUGAUUCAAGCCCCAGCCAAGCAAUGCAGGAACAUAUUGCUGUAGUUAAAAAAUUAGAUCCAAGUUGGAAUCCUCAGUCACCAGAGAAGAAAGGAAAAGAAGCAAAUACGGGUUUGGGUGGGCCAGUUGUUAGUUCUCUGUAUCACGAAGAAAUCAUCAGGGAAGAAAAUAAAGACAUAUUUGAUUACUGCAGGGAAAACAACAUUGACCAUAUAACCAAAGUCAUCAAAACAAAAAACAUGGAUGUGAAUAUGAAAGAUGAAGAGGGCAGAACUCUACUCCACUGGGCUUGUGAUCGAGGACAUAAGGAACUAGUCACAGUCUUGCUACAAUAUAGAGCUGAUAUUAACUGUCAGGACAAUGAAGGUCAAACAGCUCUACAUUAUGCUGCUGCCUGUAAGUUGUUGGACAUUGUGGAGCUGCUGCUCCAGUCCGGGGCUGACCCCACACUCCAAGACCAGGAUGGCUGCCUGCCAGAGGAGGUGACAGGGUGCAAAGCAGUAACUCUGAUGUUACAGCAGUACACAACAGGCAAGGCUUAAUCAAAAGACUAGAAA